AUCUAGGGUUUAUUCUUUCUUCAUCACCACCGCUGGUAAGCCGUCACUCAUACGAAUCAAGCAGCAGCAGCAGCAAAAAUGGUGAAAGGCCGUCAAGGUGAACGCGUCAGACUCUACACAAGGGGCACCAUCCUUGGCUACAAGAGGUCAAAGUCAAACCAGUAUCCAAACACAUCAUUGGUGCAAGUAGAAGGAGUGAACACGAAAGAGGAAGUGGGAUGGUACCAAGGGAAGCGAUUGGCGUACAUUUACAAGGCCAAAGUGAAGAAAAACGGGUCUCAUUAUCGUUGCAUUUGGGGUAAAAUCACCAGGCCCCAUGGUAACACUGGUAUUGUCCGUGCCAAGUUUACCUCCAACCUUCCUCCCAAAUCCAUGGGAUCGAGGGUUAGGGUGUUCAUGUACCCAAGCAAUAUUUAAGUUUCAAUGAAGAGAAGUAUGGAUUAUGUUGCUGCUGGUCGAUUAGCUGUUUUUGUAGUAGUUGUUUUUAAUAUUUCUGAUGCAAGAUUUUUAUUUUUCGAAUGGAAUUGUGGUAGACAUUUAAAAUAUCUUGUACCUUCAUCUAAAAGAAUGCGGUUCAGUA